UGUCUGGGAGAGGUGACCUGGAGCAGUGAAACUCCUGCCAUCAGGACCCUCGCCUCUGACCUCUGUCAUGGCCCUGUCUCCCAGCUGGCUCACGCCAUCCAAUGCUCCUGGACUACACAGACUCCAACGCUCCCGACUAUGACAGAAGUCAGUGGCUGAGUGACAAAUUCAAGCUGGGCCUGGACUUCCCCAAUCUGCCCUACUUAAUUGACGGGGCUCACAAGCUGACCCAGAGCAACGCCAUCCUGCGCUACAUUGCUCGCAAGCACAACAUGUGUGGGGAGACAGAGGAGGAGAAGAUUCGAGUGGAUGUUUUGGAGAACCAGGUUCUGGAUGUCUGUAUGCAGAAAGUCAGGAUCUGCUACAGCCCUGACUUUGAGAAACUGAAGCCUGGGUACUUGAAGGAGAUCCCUGAAAAGAUGAAGCCCUUCUCUGAGUUUCUGGGGAAAAGGCCUUGGUUUGCAGGGGACAAGCUCACCUAUGUGGAUUUCCUGGCUUACGAUGUCCUUGACCUGUACCGCAUAUUCGAUCCCAAGUGCCUGGAUGAAUUCCCAAACCUGAAAGCCUUCCUCAGCCGCUUUGAGGUUCUACCGAUUGACCCGAGGCUGUAAUCUCGGGCAGUAUGAGCUGUGUUUACAAGG